GCCCGGCCACUGUCCGCCACCCGCCGGCCCUUCCGCCUCACUCAGCGGCGCCACGGGAAGGGACGGGCGCGUGCCAUGGAGCGGACAGCAGGCAAGGAGCUCGCCCUGGCGCCGCUGCAGGACUGGGGCGAGGAGACCGAGGACGGCGCGGUGUACAGUGUCUCCCUGCGGCGUCAGCGCAGUCAGCGCUCGAGCCCGGGGGAGGGGCCUGGGGGCAGCCAGGCCGCCACCCUGGCUGCGGACACCUUCCUCCAUUACCGCACCAGCAAGGUGCGGGCGCUGAGGGCGGCCCGGCUGGAACGGCUGGUGGGAGAGCUGGUGUCUGGAGACCCUGAGCAGGACCCAAGCUUUGUGCCAGCCUUCCUGGCCACGCACCGGGCCUUUGUGCCCACUGCCCGGGUGCUGGGCUUUCUGCUGCCACCAAUGCCACCGCCCCCACCUCCUGGGGUAGCGAUCCGGAAGGCAGAGGGACUAGAUGUGAGCUUCAACAAGAACCUGAGGGCUGUGGUGUCCGUGCUGGGCUCCUGGCUUCGCGACCACCCUCAGGAUUUCCGAGACCCACCUGCCCACCCAGACCUGAGCAGUGUCCGAAACUUUCUGGGCUGGGCAGCCCCAGGAGGGGCUGAGGCCCAAGAGGCAGAGAAGCUUCUGGAGGACUUUUUGGAGGAAGCUGAGCAAGAGCAGGAAGAGGAGCAGCUCCCUGCGUCAUGGGCAGGACCUUCUAGAGCAGCCCAAAGCCCUGGCCCAGACUCCCCGGAGGGCUGCGUGGAGGAGGAAGGUCCCGAGCUCCUGGACUUCAGCGUGGAUGAGGUAGCUGAGCAGCUGACCCUUUUGGACGUGGAGCUCUUCUCGCGCGUGAGGCCCUGUGAGUGCCUGGGCUCCGUGUGGUCGCAGCGGGACCGGCCAGGGGCCGCAGGCGUCUCGCCAACUGUGCGCGCCACCGUGGCCCAGUUCAACACGGUCACGGGCUGUGUGCUGGGCUCCGUGCUGGGGGCGCCGGGCCUGACCGCCCCGCAGAGGGCGCAGCGGCUGGAGAAGUGGAUCCGCAUCGCCCAGCGCUGCCGAGAACUGCGGAACUUCUCCUCCUUGCGCGCCAUCCUGUCCGCCCUGCAGUCUAACCCCAUCUACCGGCUCAAGCGCAGCUGGGGGGCCGUGAGCCGGGAACCGUUAUCCACUUUCAGAAAACUUUCGCAGAUUUUUUCGGAUGAGAACAACCACCUCAGCAGCAGAGAGAUCCUUUCCCAGGAAGAGGCCACUGAGGGACCUCAUGAGGAGGACACCCCCCCAGGAAGCCUGCCCUCAAAACUGCCCCCAGGCCCUGUCCCUUAUCUUGGCACCUUUCUCACGGACCUGGUUAUGCUGGACACAGCCCUGCCGGACAUGUUAGAGGGGGAACUCAUUAACUUUGAGAAGAGGAGGAAGGAGUGGGAGAUCCUGGCCCGCAUCCAGCAGCUUCAGAAGCGCUGUCACAGCUACAGGCUGAGUCCCCACCCGCCCGUCUUGGCCGCCCUGCGUGCCCAGCGCCAGCUGAGCGAGGAGCAGAGCUACCGAGUCUCUCGUGUCAUUGAGCCACCCGCCGCCUCCUGCCCCAGCUCCCCACGUAUCCGGCGACGGAUCAGCCUCACCAAGCGCCUCAGUGCGAAGUUGUCCCGAGAGAAAAGUUCAUCCCCUGGUGAGAGUCCUGGGGACCUGCCAUCACCCACUUCUAGUCUGUCCCCAGGGUCCCCCCCAUCGAGUCCUAGAACCAAAGACCCUCCUCCUGGAAGUCCUCCAGCCUCUCUAGGGCCCCAGGGCCCCAGCACCAAGCAUCUGCAGAUGAGCAAGGCUGUAGCCCCCAACCCCCACUGCCUGCAGCUGCCCCUGAGCCCGGAUCUGUCAGGCCCUCGGCCCUUGGCCUUGACCCUGAGCAGCCCUCGAAUCCCCCUCCUGGGGCAGGAGAGCUCUGAGGCCCGUGUCAUUCGUGUCAGCAUCAACAAUGACCAUGGGAACCUAUAUCGGAGCAUCUUGCUUACUAGUCAGGACAAAGCCCCCAGCGUGGUGCUGCGAGCCUUGCAGAAGCACAAUGUGCCCCAGCCCUGGGCUCAUGACUACCAGCUCUUCCAAGUCCUUCCUGGGGACAGGGAGCUCUUGAUCCCUGACAAUGCCAACGUCUUCUAUGCAAUGAGUCCAGUUGCCCCCAGAGACUUCAUGCUGCGGCGGCGGAAAGACGGGACCCGGCACACUCCUUCUCUCUCCCCGACCUGAGGCUACCUUCUCCUCCAGGACACAGGCCCCAUGGGCAGCUUGGGACCUGGCUUCUAUCACCAUGUGGGGGGCAGUUCUACUGGAAACCUUAUAUCCCCAGUAGAAGCCAUGGUGAGGAGCUUUAUCUCAUAAACAUAGAAAGCAGUGGGGCAUUGGGGGUCAGACCUCUCCCCAGAGAAAUCUUAUGACUGUUGGAGACACAUCAGAACUGACAAAUGUGGAUGAAAACAGUGAGUGAAGUUAUGAAACAUGA